CUUUUGAGAUUCUCUGGGUUUUAUUUUAUUUGUGCGGAAACUUGGAGCAAAACCGGACGCGUCAUCGAUGCCCUAGACUGGGGAUCCACUAGGGUUUCGAAUUCCUAAUUCCAAAUUCCAAAACAAGCUCAAAGAAUUUUCUGUCUACUCUCCAUUCUCUGUUCUCGUUGCGGUGUGUUUGGGAGGAGUUCGAAUCCGUGGUGUUCAAGCUGAUGGUUCAGUUGAGGAGAUCGGUUUCGAGUUUUCAGCCGGACCCAAGCGCGGCUAGCGUUGGCGGUAAUUUUCCAGUGAAACUGCAGAUUGAGGACUUGUUGGAGAGCGAACAGGCUCCCCUCCAUAAGCGAGCCAAGUGCUCCACGCCUUUGAACGAGUGGAGCACUGGAAACAAUGAGUUCCCUGUCCCACCUUCACAUUACAAUCCACUUGAUGAGCCUAGUCCUUUAGGCUUGCGCCUGAAGAAAAGCCCCUCAUUGUUGGACUUGGUACAAAUGAUGCUCUCCAAAGGUAAUACCUCUUCCAUUGCUUCUGCACCAAGUGAAAAAUCAAGAGACAAGAAGGAUGCCAAGGGCUCCAAUGCUUCUUCUACUGCUGAAAAACUGAAGGCCACAAAUUUUCCAGCCAUGCUUUUAAGGAUUGGAAACUGGGAGUUUUUGUCAAGAUUUGAAGGUGAUUUGAUAGCAAAAUGCUACUUUGCUAAGCAUAAACUUGUCUGGGAAAUCCUUGAGGGCGGCCUGAAGAGUAAAAUAGAGAUCCAAUGGUCAGAUAUCAUGGCUUUGAAGGCGAAUUGUCCUGCUGAUGGACCUGAAACUUUGGCUGUGACGCUGGCUAGGCCUCCACAUUUUUGUAAGGAGAUCAACCCGCAGCCUAGAAAGCACACCUUAUGGGAUGCAUGUGAAGAUUUCACUGAUGGACAAGCCAGUAUACACAGGCAACAUUUUCUGCAGUGUGAACAAGGCCUCCUAAAUAAACACUAUGAGAAAUUAAUCCAGUGUGACAUGCAUCUCAAUCUUGUUAGCCAACGACCUGAAAUGGGUUUAGAUUCGCCAUAUUUUUUGGUACAAGGUUCUGUUCCUAAGGAUUCAAAUGAAUCCAUAAUUCAGAAAGUUGAUGAAUUGGAGACCACUAAAGGAUCUUCCUUGUCUGGCUUUCAUCAUGUACCGUCCAUAUCAUUGUCUUGCUCUUCAAAAUUUGAACAGCAGGAUUCCGUUGGUGUAAUGCUGGACUAUUUGUCUCGAGAAGCGCCUCUUCCUAGCUCAGUGAUGGACCUGCAUGGAAUUGAUGGGAAUAAAAGUCGCGGAGGAGCUCGCUCUCUGGCACAACAGGAUCAGGAACAGUUAAAAAAUUCAGGGCUCCAUCCCUCCAUGUCCAUGAGUGAUCUUGUGAACCGCAUUGGAAAUUGUAUUUCAGAAAGAAUGGGCUCUGUAAAUUCGACAUGCUUUAAGGAUGGAUUAGAAUAUCAAGGCAUACUGGAGAACGUUGCGCAGAGCCUGCUGAGCGAUACACAACUGACAACAGCUUCAGAUGAUAACAAACUUAUGGCCCGAGUCAAUUCACUUUGCUGCCUCCUGCAGCAGCAGGACACUGCUACGUCACCAGGGGUUCAGGCUGAAAGUAAAAGUCAGCUUAUUGAAUGGAACAAGGCUUCCGAGUCAAUUCAUGAGAGCGAGGCUGGAAAUGAGUUUAGGGUUACGGAAGAGUACUCCAAAGAUGAUGCUCCUGGCUGUAACCAGCAGGUACCAGCUAUGUCGAGGAAGGACUCGUUUGGGGAUUUACUGCUUAAUCUACCGCGAAUAGCAUCUCUGCCAAAAUUCCUGUUUGACAUAUCAGAAGAUGAUGAUGAUGAGAACCAAACGCGAUAGGGCCGGAAAGUCCUUGGUGUAAUAUUGCAUUUUAUGGUUGGAUUUCUGUCUCUCACCAUAUGUGGUGGGACUGUGGACUUUGAUCUUUUUCUGGGAGCCCAUAGACCAUGGCUAUUGGCUGGUAGUGGUAGGUAAAAGUGAACAUUUUGGACGAGGGGAGCUCUAGGGUUCGGAAAAUACUCUUUUUUGAUGAAGAAUCCUGGGAAGCUCUAUUUAGAAGAAGAAUAAUUAAUGUGUCGGAUUAGACCAUUCUCAAGAUUUAUUGAUGUUAAAAAAGUUA